AAUUGCAGUUAGAUUAAUAUCAGAGCUUUGCGUCAAUCUAUACUGAUAGAUUUUUUAUAAAAACUAAAAGCGUUAUAAAAGUUAACGGAAUCAGACCAUAUCACGUCAAACAAGCAUACAUCUGAAACAACAUUUAGAUCGUCAUCAUCCCGGCUUCAUUAGCCCCAAUGGGACGUUAUAGAGUGUAGAAAUGCUAUAGUCUAACUAACAGACUGUUAACUGCGUACUCAGGAUCUAAAAUGAUUGAUAUUAAUAGUGAACAUCCAGUCUAUAGUUAAGCAUCCAGUGAAAACACGGGAUCAUUCAGCCAGAAUUAGUCGUCGUUGCUGGUGUCAAUUUUAAGGUCGUUAUUGUUAGUCCUGAAGAAGUCAAGUCCACAAACUGUGAAGACCUUUGGGUGUGUAUUUUCCAAGUCCCGUAAUCCCCGGAACGAUUUAAUAAUUGUGUUUUAGAGCUAAGCAAAGUGUGCAAAUAGUGAUAUCUGACCAACACAGCAAGAGUUAGCCAGAAUCAGCCGUCGUUGUUGGUGUUAAAUUUAAGGUCAUUAUUGUAAAUCUUGAAGAAGCCUACAAUUUGGCAGACCUUUGAGGUUUUUUUAAUGUCCUGAAAACCCCGGAACUAUUGAAUAAUUGUGAACCAGAGUUAAGCACACUGUACAAAGAUUGAUUUGUGAUCAGCGGAGGAACAUACAGUUAGCCAGAGUCCUGGAAACUCCCAAAAGAUUGAAUAAUUAAUGUGAUCAGCGGAGAAACCAACAGUUAGCCAGAUUUAGUCAUCGUUGUUGUAUGUCUAUAAUUUUUCGGACCCUUGAGGGUGAAUUUUUAAGUCUCGAAAACACCGAAAACACCCAAAAAGAUUUGAAUAAUUAUUGUGGCCAACGGAGAAAGCAGGAGUUAGCCAGAAGUAGUCUUCGUUGUUUAAGGUUACUACUUUAUGAGUUCUGACGAAGUCUUCUAUCUGUGUCAGACCUUUGGCGGUGUACAUUACUGAAGAUUGAAUAAUUGUGACUAUCGAAUCUACAGCUGACAAUCCUUUUGGAUUUGCACCAUUAACGGAUCAACACAACACUGGAUCAAAAAGAUGCCCACCAAGAUUCCAAUUAUCCUCUUUGUUAUUUCCUUAUCGGUGUCUGUUGUUACCCCUUCAGCUACCUAUGAUGAUAAUCGACGACUAGAGAAGGAUCUGUUGUCCAACUACAGUCAGACCAUACGUCCGAUACUCAACCAAUCCGCCAUUAUGGAGAUUGACAUUGCUUUUAAUAUCAAUGGCAUUAUGGAAAUUGAUGAUGUUGGACAAAUUAUGGUGACAAAUGCCCACUUUAGCCUACAGUGGAAGGAUGAACUUCUCACCUGGGAACCAGCAGAUUAUGGAGGACUUGAGUUCAUGCAUCCCAGCCCCCAAGUCCGAUGGAAACCCAGGAUAAUGAUCAUCAACUCCAUAUAUAAACGCGAUGUUUUUUCUGAUGAAAGUCACACGUACCUCGUACAGUCGGACGGCAACGUUACAUGGGCACCGUCCGCCGUCUUCAGCGUCUUUUGCAACCUGGAUAUGACCAAGUUCCCUUUCGAUGUCCAGAAAUGCACCGUUUAUAUUCUUCCCGUCGAAUACACGUACAAAGAACUCAGGCUAAAACUCAAUCCGAUUAUACCAUUGGGCGAUGUUCAAGAACAUGGCGAAUGGGUCAUCGUUCGGGCAGAUGGUCAAGAGUUCGAUGAACCUGCCCAUCCAAGAGCCUUGUACAAAGUAAGUGUCACUUUGAUCUUGGCUCGAAGACCAGCAUUCAUCCUGCUGAACGUGUACCUCCCAGUGCUAGUUUUGUCAUUUUUGAAUGUGGCUGUUUUUGCCGUACCUGUGGAUUCGGGUGAGAAGCUGAGUUACGUACUGACAGUGCUGUUAUCUUUAGCUGUGUUUAUAUCGAUUGUUAGUGGAAUGCUGCCUACGACGUCCACGAACAUACCCUUGCUCACUAUCUAUCUCUCCACUCUUCUGUGUCUGAGUACCUGUUCCGUCCUGCUCACCGUGUUCAUCAUCAGAGUGCACCAUCGACCACCAGAACGUGUCAUUCCAAGAGCUCUCCUGCUGGUGACGAAGCUGAUGAAACGAGCUACCGUGAAGCGAAGGGAAGCCGAGAAGCAUCAGAAAGAAAUCACAUGGGAACUUGUAAGUGAGGCGUUGGAUAAACUGUUUUUGUAUUUAUCCACUAUAUUUGUUCUAGCCACAUCGGUUAUCUUGAUAGUUAUUAUUAUGAACUGAGCUCAGUGUAGCAGACAAAGUUUGUCGUCUGUCGCCAACUGCUUCUAGAGAAGUUGCUGCAGCAGUGAAAUAAGUCAGAAGUUGACAAUGUUGUUACCAAUAUUUCUAUUAUUUGCGCAGUGGUAUCGCUAGGGCGGGGCCAGACUACGGGGGUCUCUUACAUUGAAAUGAAAGAAGGCUAUCUUUCUGUUUGUGUAAUGGGUUGACUAGGAUUGUCUUUCCUCCUUAAAAAAAACAUAUGGGAAACUUUCUGUGUUUUGUUUUUCCUUGUGGCAUUUGUGACUUAUGAAUUAUUACCACUUAGUUUAACUGUCAAUAAAUCAUUCUGCACACAGAGAUCUAUCUGCUUCGUACUUUGAGAAUAGAUCUCUGUCCUAAAUGGCCGCCAUAUCCAAAAAUUAGUAUAUUGUUUUGUAAUGCGGUUCUACUCUGUUUCACAUCUGGCAUACACACAAAGACUUAAUAAACCCAUUCAAUUCCAUUAAAUGGAAGCAGAAUAAAUACUUCUCAAAAGUCUCGAGGUUUACUUUGUGUUUUCGACUAAAAUCGUCGAUUUAGGACUUAAAAUGUCGGUCAACUAGCUUAGUGUCUGUUCUUAAACGGAGCUAACUGUAGACAGACAGCUUAAGUUUGGUAUGUCAAUAAAUAUACUGAUAUAUUGUUAUCAAUGGCUGAAUGUGUAAAUAUCAAUAUUCCAACAUACCAAUGGAUGUAUGCGUAUGUGUAUUUUAUAUUA